GCGGAGGUGCCGCGGCCGCCAGCCAGUCGGGAGCGCGCGGGCCCCGGGUGGUGAGACCCCGGGCGAGGGCCGCCUCCUCCAGUCGCCGCCCACGGCCGCGCCGCCACCAUGGCGCUCCUGCUGCGCUUCGUCCUCCUGUGCGGAGUCGCGGAUUUCACCAGAAGUUUGAGUAUCACUACUCCUGAACAGAUGAUUGAAAAGGCCAAAGGGGAAACUGCUUAUUUGCCAUGCAAAUUUACCCUUAGUCCAGAAGACCAGGGACCGCUGGACAUCGAGUGGCUGCUGUCACCAGCUGAUAAUCAGAAGGUGGACCAAGUGAUUAUUUUAUAUUCUGGAGACAAAAUUUAUGACGACUACUAUCAAGAUCUGAAAGGACGAGUACAUUUUACAAGCAAUGAUCUCAAAUCUGGUGAUGCAUCCAUAAAUGUAACCAAUUUACGGUUGUCAGAUAUUGGCACAUACCAGUGCAAAGUGAAAAAAGCUCCUGGUGUUGGAAAUAAGAAGAUUCAGCUGACAGUUCUUGUUAAGCCUUCAGGUAUAAGAUGUUACGUUGAUGGAUCAGAAGAAAUUGGAAAUGACUUUAAACUAAAAUGUGAACCAAAAGAAGGUUCACUUCCAUUACAAUAUGAAUGGCAAAAAUUGUCCAAUUCACAGAAAACGCCCCCCUCGUGGUCAACAGAUAUGACUUCACCUGUUAUAUCUAUAAAAAAUGCCUCUACUGAGUACUCUGGGACAUACAGUUGUACAGUAACAAACCGAGUAGGCUCUGAUCAGUGCCAGCUACGCCUGAAUGUUGUUCCACCUUCAAAUAGAGCUGGAACAAUCGCAGGAGCUGUUGUAGGAAUUUUGCUUGCUCUAGUGCUCAUUGGGUUUAUCGUCUUUUGCUGUCGUAAAAAGCGCAGAGAAGAAAAAUAUGAAAAGGAAGUUCAUCAUGAUAUCAGGGAAGAUGUGCCGCCUCCUAAGAGCCGUACAUCCACUGCUAGAAGCUACAUCGGCAGCAAUCAUUCAUCCCUGGGAUCCAUGUCUCCUUCCAACAUGGAAGGAUAUUCCAAGACUCAGUAUAACCAAGUACCAAGUGAAGACUUUGAACGUACUCCUCAGAGUCCGACUCUCCCACCGGCUAAGGUAGCUGCCCCUAAUCUAAGUAGGAUGGGAGCGGUGCCUGUGAUGAUUCCAGCACAGAGCAAGGACGGGUCUAUAGUAUAGAGCCUCCAUCCUUUCAUCUGUGCUUUCCAUGUUUCUUUUCUCCUCUUCAAAUAGGAAGACCAUUCCGUUUUAAAUUCUGCUACCAGCCUCAAAAAGUAUCAAGAAGCUAUCCAGAAACUGAAAAUUAUAUUUUAAAAAGUUUUGUUUGGUUGUUGAAAUAGUAAAGGCAUUGAAGUUACAAAAGACAGGUUCACCAUUUUAAAAAAGAUUUCCUUUAAGAUAUUGAUUCAAAAGAUUUCUAAGUAUCAAUCAAUAUUGAAGAUAGAGCACUUUGAAUGUGAAAUCAUAGGUGAAGAAAUCGGUGAACUUACAUGCACUCAUAAGUUGAUACUUGAAUCAUGUGAAAGUGGUACUCACUAUUUUCUACCAUUGUUUUUAAGUUGCCUUUCUCAGUUUAUGACCUGGUGUCCUUUCCAAACCGAUUAAGAAGCAUUCAUGGAAGAAAUACUCAUGACACAUUUAUGUUUGUUGCUCUUUUUUAUAGCUUCUUUGAAAGAUCAUUUAAAUAUGAGUUUGAAAUAUCUUUAGUAACCUAGAAAACACUAUGGCAAACUAGAAGUUACUGGUUUUACUUCUGAAUCAUUCAUAAACCUUGUCUAUGAAAUGAUUUCUAACUAUUUAAUUGACAGACUGCUAUAGGAAACAGGGACGUAGUAAACUCUUUUAUAUGCAAAAAUAAAGGAGCAUUUCUCUGAUUCACUUAGAAAAUUUGCUGUCAGCUACAUACAGCAAUGACACUAGUUAGUGGUGCAAUAGUGAGUAUGGGUUUGGUUGAUGAGUGAUCUGAUGCCUUGAGGUUUUAUGGCAGUUUUCAGAACAAUGACCAGUCAGAACAAGGAUAGAAUACUUUGCAGCUCUUAACUAAAUACUAGCCUUGGAGGUGAUAUUUUAAAACAUUUUUUUCCUGAUUGGUUCAGUGUUUUGAGGAGGGGUGGGGGUUGUGUUGGUAUUAUAUAUUAUAUGUUCUAGAAACACGUAAUCCUAAAUUUACCCACUUGAAUGCAGUUCUAGAGGAUAGUUUCUUCAUAGACUCAGAAUGAUGAAAUCAUUUGAAGCUGGUGGGUGUUCUCCAUCAGUUCUGCAUUUCAGACUUGGGAGGAUGUACAGCUGCUAUUCUGUGGCCAACAUGUCUUUGUAUAGUUGCAGAAAAUCAAGAUGAGCUUUGAGAAGAGCAAAUCUUAGUUUUGUGAAAGUGAUUUAUUCUUUAAAAAAAAAAAAAAAAAGGAGUAAAAGUAUACUCCUAACUGCCAAAUGUGUUAAAUACUGUUGUAGUAGAAGAAAGUGAGUUUAUUGUAUUUCCCUUAAGAUUGUGAGGGAGUGUGGAUAUAGUAAAAUGAGCCAACAGCUUCUUUAUAGUAAAUACAGUUUGCAAUAAAUUAUUUCACUAGCUCUAAAACCUUUUCCCUAGAUUUUGGUAGGGAGUUGGUUUCUUUCAAUCUCUUUGGGUGCUGUGGUGGUAAAUGCUACAUUAUAAAUCAAUGUUGAUCUGAAUUUGAGAUUAGGCAGAGGAUUGUGUAUGCUUUUUCAUGCUGAACUUAAGCUGAAUAUCUGUGUAAUGGAUUAGUGUAUAGUUUUAUAUAUUUGGAAGCAUUUUUUAGUAGGUUUUUAACCUUACGUAAUAUUGCUUUUAUACUUGUGUUAACAUUUUCAUCUGUGCCUUUGGGUAAUUUAAUUUUUAUUAUGAAUUUCUGGUGCCUAUGAGCUAGCUAUCACCUGAAAGGUGCUUAGAGGUGAAGGUACUGUUCCUAAAAACACAUCACUGUGACACCUUUCUCUUUCCAUACUUUGAAUCUUGCCUCCUGUUCCCUAUUCUUUUUGGAUGCAACUUAACUGAUGGUAUUAUUCAUAAAGAUUUUAAAAUUUCAGCAUCCCCAGCACUCUUUGGUUGUGUUUAUGAUUUUAUAACAGUAGCUAUUUUUGAAUGCCAGAAGUUUGGCCUGUUUUAUACGAUAAAAUUUACAAGAUAGUAUAAGAAUAAAUAACAGAUCACCAAGUUGAAUAAUAAAAACAUUUGGUCGUUCCUGUCCCCAGUUUUUGUGAAGAUUAUGCUGUCACUUUAAGUAGGAACUACUAUAAAAGGUGGACACAUAAGACUCUUGUGAAGGAUUUGGCUACAAGUAAUCAGACUCUCCCAGAAGCACUUUCAGGUCCAUACUGUUUACAACCUGAGAACAGAGCUCGUAAAACAUCAGUUGAGUGACCUGAGAAGACCUGCUGGGUGAGAUUAAGUUUUGAGGACAGAAUUCAGUUUUAGAUUUAACCUCUCCAACAGUUCUCAUUGUAAAUUUCAGUUGGUCCAAAAGUCAGAUUAGUCAGGUACUGAUAAUUUCCCAAAUAAUUCUCCGUGAUAAUUCAGUUGAACUAGAAAUAUUUGUCCUAGAAUAACUGUUAGUAAUCAUCAAGCGAUUCCACCCAAACUGGUUAUUUAAGCAUUACCAUUAGAAAGCCAAACCCUGUCGCUCCAGAAUGGCACUGCAUCUUUGAAGAGAAUCAGUGUGAUUCUACUUGACACCACUAUCUUUUUAGGUACACAGGAUCAUCUGAAAAGAAAAAUGAUACUGUAGAGUAUGAGUCCUCUGCUUAAAAUAUGUAGUCUACUGGUGUUCUUUUUCUUAUUGGCAUUCUUACAAUAAUUCCCUCUUUGAGAACCCCCAAAAUUUCUUAUCUGUUCAGGCAUAUAACUUUCUUUGAAUUUGGGCUAUCUGCUGUGGAGUUAACAGUGGAAACACAGCCUGAGUGUGUCUUGGGAGGAGUUAAUUGAAGAAAUAUAAUUAGAUUAUGGAUAUAAAAAAAUAUCUGAUUUUGUUAAAAUGGUAAUUUUUAAGAUUGAGUUCUGGAAAUUUGGAGCAAAUGAAGGGGCAAGUAAACAUUUUGAUUAAAUAUAGAAAGAACUCAUUGCAUGAAGUUGGAUAUCAAAUUCUGUAAUGUACGGCUUCUUAAAAUAACUAUUCUGUCUUUUUGUGUGUGUGCGGCAUGUAAAUUUAAAGUUAUAUGAAUGUUUAAGGUUUUUUUCCCUACUGUCUUCAUCUCCACAGUGUUUAGGGCUGUCAGAUGCCUUAUUCCAGUGUGAACAGAAAAAACAAACCUAUUUUAUGUGGUUAAUGCUUUGAUGUGUCACAUAAGGAGUAGUUUAUAGAAAAUGUUGGCACAAUUUUAACUUUUUAGUGGCUUGUGACAUAUAUGUACAUAUAUCUUUAUAAUAAUAUUCUUGUGUUUGGUAGUAUAAAUGUUCUGGGCAAGUUUUAAUAUUUCAAAUGCCUUUAGAUAGUCUUGCAAUAGAGGCAACACAUUCUGCAGUUGGAGUCUUUACUUGUUUGCCUAUUUUGACACUAAAAAAGGUCCAUGACUGAGCACAAAUUCUACAGUGUAACAAGAGCAGGGAAAAAUAAUAAACUUGUGAAUUGUGGUUCUGUUUAUCUUCUAGAUGGUAACACCAGCAAAUAAUUUCUUCAGUCUCUUACUGUUAUUUAAAAUCAAGUUUUAAAAAUACCCUAUUUUGUAAUUUUAAAAGUGUGGUGAAUAUCAGUUGGAUUUGGCUUUGGUUGUGAACACUGAAAGCUCUAAUUAAGGAAGAACUCUGUGUUUUUUGCUAAUUUAAUGACACGAGAGUUAAGAGAACCACAAUUUAUUCACUAUUCUCAUUCCUAACUGUGAACUUUUAUGAUAAAAACACUUGUACUGCUGAGAAAAAAAUAUUUUGACACUUCCCAUAUGCAAGUAGAGAAUUGACAAGUGUCAGUUUAAAAAAUGAUUUUGUAUUUAAAGUUUCUGGCUUACGUAUCCAAUGAUGCAGAUUUUGAGAUUUGUAAGAACAGAAUUUGUUUAAAAAAAAAAAAAAACUUGCUCUAGUUUUGUGACCUUGUGUACUUUUGAAAUAAAAUUGAGAAAGCAGU